GUGCCGCCUCGGUAAGGCGCUCAGAGUCUUGGUGAGGUACGCCGUCCGUCGACAACAUGGGCUGGAGAGGACCCCUUGUGCCGGGAGUCGCCGCGCUGCUCCUUGUUACGGCAGUCGCCACCGCCUCUGGACACACGGGCAAUGCAAUAUUUACAAUCCAACAAGAAAUUUCAGGCAAAUGUCUAACUAUUGAAAAAGGACAAGUAAAUUUGACAGCAUGUACGGACAACUCUGCUUCUAUGCAGUGGAAGUGGGUCACACGCCACCGUCUCUUCAACUUGGGAUCAAAGCAGUGCCUGGGACUGGACCCGAAGUCAAGUACAGCAAAGCUGUUUGAUUGUGAUAACAGACAGGUUAUGCUGUGGUGGCAAUGCAGUAGGCAUUUGCUGUAUACAGUAUCUGGGAGAAAGCUGAGUGUCAAUGGCAGUACAUUUAAAACAGAUACAGAACACGAAUAUAUGUGGCAGAGAGGUGGCUCUUCUGAUAGUGUUUGUGUUCCGCCAUAUCAUGAGAUCUAUACAUCUAAGGGAAAUUCAUUCGGGCGUCCUUGUGAAUUCCCAUUUAAAUACAAUGGAACAUGGCAUGAUGACUGUGUGUCUGAUGAAAGGGAAGAAGGACUGCCGUGGUGUUCAACGUCUGAAGACUAUGAUAGUGACCAGCAAUGGGGACUGUGCCUAAAGCCCGAAAAAGGUUGUAGCAUCCUGUGGGAUAAAGGUUUCAAUGAUGAGUACUGCUACCAGUUCAACUUUCAGUCAGCGCUAACUUGGAAGGAGGCCCGUGUGUCAUGCCAGAGCCAGGGAGCAGAUUUACUGAGCAUUUCAGACCCAUCUGAGCUCGCAUAUUUACUAGGACAGGAUGACUUUACUGAGAUAACUUGGAUUGGUUUGAAUCAGCUUGAUGGCUCUGGUGGAUGGCAGUGGUCAGACAGUACUCCCCUUGCCUUUGUAAACUGGAAAGAAGGUACUCCUGAAACCUCAGUUCUAAUUGAAAAGGACUGUGGUGUAAUGGAUUUUGAAGGCUACUGGAAUAGUAUUUCUUGUGAUUCCAAGCUGCCUUAUAUAUGCAGGAAGCAAGUGAAUAUAUCAAACUCAGACCAGAAUGAAUGGCUGUAUAAAGAGACCACCUGUAACAAUGGAUGGAUGGUAUACAAUGGAUUUUGCUACAAUGUGACAGAGAGUCUGGGAACCAAAGAUGAAGCAAUGAGAGACUGCUUGAAUAGAAAUGGAAAUUUAUUAAGUGUGCACUCUUUAGCAGAUGUGGAAUUGAUUAUCACAAGUCUUCAUCAAGAUGUAAAAAGUGACAUGUGGACUGGAUUAACCAACACCAAGUCUCUAGCACAGUUUGAAUGGAGUGAUGAUUCUCCUGUAACAUUUACAUACUGGGGACCAAAUGAGCCAUCUGUUCCUUUUAACAAAACUCCAAACUGUGUGUCAUAUUCAGGAGAGCUUGGCUACUGGAAAGUAACACCUUGUGACAAGAAACUGCAGUAUGUUUGCAAAAAGAAAGGUGAAGUAAAAAACGACACUAAACAUGAUGUAGGCUGUCCAUCAGAUGGGGAAUGGAGGCUGCAUGGUAAAAAUUGUUACAAAAUUGAUCCCAAAGAAGUACCAUUUAAUGAAAGUUGUGAGCUCACAAUAAUGAGCAGAUUUGAGCAGGAAUUUUUAAAAAACGUAAUGAAAAAGUACAAAUAUAAUUCCAAGUACUUCUGGAUAAGUCUCAUAGAUAAGAACAAUACCGGUGAAUACCAGUGGGAAACCAAAAAUGGAACUAAUGAACUUGUUAAAUAUACCAAUUGGGAUGAGUAUCAACCAGAUGCCUCUGGGAGAUGUGUUGUAAUGUCUGCUGUGGAUUCUCUUGGAAAAUGGGAAACCAAAGACUGUAGUUUCAAAGCUAUGUCAAUCUGCAAGAAGAGUAUUUCUGUUCAAAAAGUUUCAGAAUCAAAGAUAAACUCCAGUGCUGCCUGUCCUUUUGGAUGGCAGUCACAGCCAGGCCUUUUGCAUUGUUACAAGAUUUUUCACAAUGAAAGAAUAACAAGAAAAAGAACAUGGGAGGAAGCAGAAAAAUUUUGUAAAGCACUUGGAGCCCAUCUUCCAAGCUUCAGUCAUUUUGAAGAAAAGAAACUUGUACACAACAUGAUCAGGGAGACUGUGAGUGAUGAUCGGUAUUUUUGGACUGGAUUAAAUAAGAGGAACCCCUUGUCUGAGAACACAUGGGAAUGGAGUGACAACAGACCGGUGUCUUCAGCUGUUCUGUUAGAUUCAUUUCAGGAAGAUGACUAUGAUGUUCGAGAUUGUGCUGCAUUUAAGAGCUCAAAAUAUAGGAUGCGACAUUUCCUGCUUCCCUUCUUUGUAAUGCCUGGCAUUUUUGAAAGCAGCUUUUAUAUGAAACCUUUUCGCUGUGGCGUCAAACUUGAAUGGAUCUGUCAGAUACCAAAAGGUGUGACUCCAAAGGUCCCAGAAUGGUACAAUGCAGAAUUAUCAGACAAAACCACCUUUGUUGAAGGCUCAGAAUUUUGGUUUGUGAAUAAUAUAAAGCUAACAUAUGAGGAAGCAACUUUGUUUUGUGCCAAAAAUCAAAGUGAGCUUGCAUCAGUCUCAUCAAAACCAGCAUUGUUGAAAAUACAAGAUCAUAUAUCCAAGAUCUCAAAUGGUACUGAGAAGUGGUGGUUUAAUGUUUUGAAUAUGGAUGUCCCUUUCAGAAGAUUUUACCCAAUAGGACUGCAACGUCAUAUUUGGCAACUGAAGUGUAGUUAUAUCACAUCAAAAUCAUUUUAUCCAGACAACUGGCUUAUUGAUUGUGAGCAGCAAAUUUUUUUUGUAUGUAAGAAAAGAAAUGCAACUUCUUUGGAAAAACAACACAAUGAUCCUGAGCAAUCUAAUGAAUGUGGAUAUGAUUCACUUCCUUUUGCAAAUAAGUGUUAUACAAAAGUGCCAGCCAAAUAUCUGUCAUUUUCCAAAGCAAAUGACUAUUGUGUGUCACAUGGAGGGAACCUUCCAUCCAUUGCAAAUCAGGUUGAACAAGAUUUGUUUACUUUUUUAAUGUCUGGUGAAAAGCCUAAAAUAUGGAUUGGAUUGGAGAUACUAUUUCAUAACUCAGCAUCAGAAUGGGUGGAUAAAAGUCCUGUUAUGUAUUCAAACUUUCAUCCACUUCUUUAUGGGAAAAUAAGGAAAAUACGCAUUGAUAAAUUUUCAUUUUUCGAUGACAGCACCAUGAAGCAAUGCGCCUAUGUUCUUAAUGAUCCCCAGUCUUCCUUUGUUGGUACCUGGAAUUUUUCUUCAUGUGAGGACAGUCAAUAUGUUUUGCUGUGUCAGAGUUCUGGAGGUAAACCACAUCGAAUAGAAGCUCUGAAUACCACUCUGGAAUUUCAAAGUCAUCAGUACAAAUUCAUUGCUAAAAACAUGACUUGGUUUGAAGCUCAGGAGUUAUGCAGAGCUGAAAAGAUGGAACUUGCUUCAGUGACCAAUACCUAUCAGCAAGCCUUCUUAAGUGUAAACGUGAAAAACUACUCCCAGCCAUCAUGGAUUGGAUUCUACAGUGAAGAUGAUGGGCUUCAUUUCCGCUGGUCAGACAAUAGUCAUUCAGUAUUUAGUCGCUGGCCAGAUUAUGACAUAAUAUCCACAGGAGACUGCGUGUAUCUGGAUACGGAUGGUUUCUGGAAAGCUGAUGAUUGUGAUAGCACUCUGCCUGGGGCCAUUUGCCAUAAUAUCACAUCUGAAUCGCCAAAACCAACAACUGACAAUUCUGCCAAGUGUCCACACAGGCUCCAUGGAGUUCCAUGGAUACCUUACAAUGGCAACUGUUACACAUUUCAAACCUCUUCUAAGAGGUGGAGCUUGUAUAAACAGAAAGAGGAACAUCAGAUAUGCAAGGCUUUAGAUCCUGAUGCUGAUGUUCUAUCCAUAAGAGACGAGAAUGAAAAUGAAUUUGUAAGACAGCAGUUAAUGCCUUAUGAAAGCCUGGCCAGUUGGAUAUGGUUGGGAAUUUAUAAUGAUUCAGCAGACAAUCGCUUGAAGUGGUAUGAUGGGACAAAUGUUCAUUUCUCUAAUUGGAGAAAUGGAAGACCAGAAGAAAAGGAGAUUUUUUUGGCUGGUAUUCAUGCUGAUGGCCUAUGGGAUAUCAUUGGCUACACUGCCAGUCGUUAUUUCCACAGUCACAGUAUAGUUGCCUGCAAGAUUGAAAGGGGAUCAAAAAGUGAACACAGUGCUCCUUUGCCUGAAACGGAAGUCUAUGGCAAUUUGACGUAUAGACUUGUAAAAAAGAAAAUAUCUUGGUACGAUGUUUUCAGAGAAUGCAGAAGACAAGGUGAUGAUUUGGCCAGCAUUCAUACCGAAUCUGAACACCUGUUUUUGAAACAGCUUGUUAAGAAGGAUGGCUUUCCUUUGUGGAUUGGUCUCUCCAAUCAAGGAGCAUCAGAAAAUUUAUUUGAAUGGUCUGAUGGAACAGACUUUAACUAUAAACCAUGGGAGUUUGAAAACUCCAAUACUACAGGAAAUUGCGUUUACUUGGAUACAAAAGGAUUCUGGAAGCGGCAGAACUGCAACUCCAUACUCGAUGGUGCUAUAUGCUAUAGGACCUCCAGAGAAGCUGCAUUUGCAGAAUCCCGUGCAGAACCAUCUGCUCCAUCACUUGGAUGCCCUAAGAGUGGUUCCUCUGCCACCUGGAUCCUUUAUAAAGAUCACUGCUAUGCAUUCAAUGGAUCAUUCUACAACUACACCGUGUUUUCCAUGGAUGAAGCCUCGCAGUUGUGUCAGACUCUUGAGCCCUCUUCUCUUCUUUUAACUAUAAAGGAUGCUGAUGAGAAUACCUUUGUAACAAAGCAGAUCAAAGCCCAUCACCAUAUCACCAGACAUGUCUGGCUUGGAAUGAACCAUGAUUCUAAAGGUAAUCCAGACAGCUGGAUCGAUGGCUCAGCCCUCUCCUUUUCUAACUGGGAGGCAAACACAACAAAAGUGAACUCUGAAGCAAACUGCACUGUUAUAGUUUCUACUAAUGGAGCAUGGAUAAACAUAAACUGCAAGGAAAGUCGCAGCAGGGUUGUCUGCAAAGCUCCAAAAAGAAUGGAAAAUGCCUCUCUCAUUGUUGCAUUCCUUCUGAUUUUCUUCAUAACAGCUAUUGCCGGAAUACUUUUUUAUGUCUAUAGAAGAAACAGGAUAAGGUUUUCCCCUUUGUCUUCAACAAUACGAUACAAAAGAAGCUUUGAGGAUAUGGAUACCACGAGUAUAUUAACAGAGACAGAAUAAAAAAUUAAAAUUAUAAGAUGCACUGUUGCUUAUAAACAAGCAAGGAAAAAGAGAAAAUGCACUUUCUUUAGUUAUCAUCCAACCAAAGUACCCAGUUACACUUUGUACUUUUUUUUCAACACAAAAACACAUUUUACAAAAUAAUGUCAAUUAAGUUUUUGUUUUCUUUAUACAAUAGUUGACUACAAUGUUAAAUCAACAAUGAGAAUAGCCUAACAAAUGCACCUUAAUUCUUAAAGGAUAAGUUUGGUAUUUUUCAAGUCUUAGUUAUUUCCUUAAUUAAUGUUGAAUAUAUUGAUUUUCCACAUGAAAUUGUGUUCAAAAGUGAAGUAUUUGUUAUAAUUUU